GACCCAAAUUUAUUAAGGGUAAAUUAGAAAAAACAUUAAAUAAUAGACCAUAACUAAUACACCUUGACCUUGUCUCUCCCAAUUCUCUUCAUUGUGCAGCGAACGAAGUAAAAGGCACUGCGAAUGUUAUUAUUAUUAUUAUCGCGGGAGAAGAAAAAGAAAACAAUGCAAUCUUUCUUUUUCUCUGGACCGGACGGUUUGCCCAAUCCACCAUCGGUUCUCUGUUCAUCCGUUUUUUCUCGGUUCGAAGCACUUUCUCCGGUUUAGAAUCCUGAGCUGUUACUGAAGGCAGUUUAGAAUCCGUAACUGAACUAAACGAGAAGGAGAUGCUACCUGUUCACAGUUUUGUGGUGUUGAAACGCAUUUCAACAAUUCCAUGAAGCAUAUCCUUGAUACAAAUCUUUAUAUUGGAGGAGGCGUUGAUUUUGUUGUUGUUCCUCUGAUAUCGCCUACAUAUCGCCCAAGCGUCGUGCCACAAUUUGGAUCAUUUUCUUUAGAGGCGUCGCUGCCGUUUGCUAAGUCAGACUUGGACCCUUUGCCUUCUCUAUGGAAUACUCAUGUAGUAGGGCAAAUUAGCGAGUGGAUAGACUUGGAUUCCCCAGAUGAAAAGCUAAGGAAGAACUCUGAAACUGCUUUCAAACAAGAACUAGCUUGGGCCUCUUAUCUCUCUUUAAGGGCUUGCAUUCUUCCGACUCCAAAAGGAGAUACCUGGACAAAUUAUGCUAGAUGCGCCAACCAGUUUCUACAGGAACACCUAAAGGAGAUGCAGCUGUGGCUUAGGAUUCCAUUGGGAAAGCCAGAUGAUGACUCUAAAACCCUUCAAACUCAGGAUGAUUAUUGGAAAAUAUGGAAUUCGUUUCGACUGCUAUCUGAUCACAAUAGUAAAUUGUUGGUUACACUUGAUAAUUUGAAUACCAUGCCUUCAGACAACUCACUAAAUCAUUGGUAUGGGGAGCCUGUUGCUGCCUUUAUAAUACACACAGAUUCAUUUCUUACUAGAGAUGGGGAUAAUCCGAAGCAUCUCUCAGAGGGUAUACAAAAGUUAAUUACUUACUUCUUGAAUCAUUAUACCCAGAUCAUUAUAUCCGAAAAUCAACUUAAUUGCAGCAAAGAUGAAGAAUCUCAUUUAGAAACUAAUUCUGCUGAAGAUUCACGGAUACAUCGUCUACUACCUUAUAUUGAUCAUGUUAGAUCUAUAUACCAACAAAUGGACCCUCUCUCUGAGCAAGAACGUUCACAGGUUGCUUUCAGGGAUGUUUUACAUCCAAUCUUACAGCCUUUUAAGGAAAUUUCGCAGUCUAUGGUCUAUAGCGAGCAAGAGAAAGAUGAGAAGAAAUACAUGGAGUACAAAAGAGCAAUUUGUCAAGCUUUGUUGGAUAGGGUUCCCGAUGAAGAGGCAUCUGUGAUUACCACAGUAUUGGUUGUUGUUGGUGCAGGUCGUGGGGCUCUUGUGCGGACAUCACUACAGGCUGCUAAUGAAACUGGGAGGAAGCUGAAAGUUUACGCUGUGGACAGGAAUCUAAAUGCACUCGCUUCCCUUUAUAAACAGCGUGAAUCAAUGGGUUGGAAUGAUAUUGUUACCGUAAUCCAAACUGAUGCGCGACACUGGAAUGCCCCGGAGAAAGCUGACAUAUUGGUUGGUGAAUUACUAGGUUGUUUUGGUGACAACGAGCUGGCCCCUGAAAUCCUUGACGGAACCCAGAGGAUUCUAAAAAAAGAUGGAAUUUCAAUACCAUCUUCGUAUACAAGUUUCCUCCAGCCAGUGAAAUCUUCGAAGUUAUAUAGUGCAGUUAAGGCAAAAGAACAGAUUUUAACCUUCGAAACUGCUUUUGUAACAAAGAUGCACAAUGUUGCUCGCCUUGCACCAUGUCAACCUCUGUUUACCUUUACUCAUCCAAAACGCUCUAUCAAAGAAAGCAACCGGCGGUAUAGGAAAUUGCAAUUUGUGAUGCCUGAUGUCCCUGAGUCAACAAUGGUACAUGGAUUUGCUGGAUACUUUGAUGCAACUCUUUACAAGGAUGUGCAUCUUGGAACUGAACCCUCUAAAGCUACGCCAGACGUGUUCUCUUGGGAUGAAAUGUAUUUUCCAUUAAGGGAACCUAUUUGUGUGCAUCGUGGCUCUACCCUAGAAGUACAUUUCUGGCGCUGUUGUGAUUCUACAAAGGUUUGGUAUGAGUGGGGUGUUACAUCUCCUUCUACAUCUCUAGUUCACAACUGUAAUGCACGUGCAGACUGUGUAUGGCUUAAUUGAAUUUACCUCAAUAAUUUGCAGUCUGCAAACAAGUAGUCAUAGCAUCCUCAGUCCUCACAGCUGACAAUAAAUUGAUUUUUGGAACUAGUAUCGGUAUCAAUUCAAUUUGGGAAAUCAUGUAUCUGCUUUUCAGAACUAGCAUAGCAUCUGAGUUAGUUCUCUUAUUGUCAGUACAUUUUAUAAAAUCAUGCCGCAUUAUAAGAUUGUCGAGAUGAUCAUUCUAUGUACGCUGUGUAAAGUUGUAAAUAAAUAUGGAUUUUUCUAGGAAAGUUUGGUGAGUUUUCUUUUA